UGAGACGCGUACUUUCGCUCUCCGGACCCGUUCUUUUUUUCGUCGCCGUUCCUUACUGUUCUUGCCGACAUGCACAAAGCUGUUACCCUCCUAGCAUUGGCUUGCGGCGCGCAAGUCUCUUUCGCGCAGUUGUCUUUGUACCUUCCCGGAUUCGACCCGCAACCGCUCACUGCCAGCGAAGUCGGCGUUGACUCCGCAGGGCGCACGACGUGGGCCAUCGCCGCUGCUCCUACCGUCACCGAUGACGCAGAUAUCGGCAUAGUCGGGACAGCGACCCUCGUCGAAGGAUCUGAUUACGCCUCCGUCAUCGAUAUCGACACCAUUGAUAGUCUCACUGUUGAAGCGGCUUGCACCAUCGCCGGUGGCAACGCCGUUUGCGUAGCAGACGACGGCUCUGAGACCGCGACCGCUACGGAGCCCGUGUCCUUCAUCCAAGUAGACGGCGCUGCCGCCGCCGCAACCAUUACCGGUGGAUCUGCCUCCGCCGCUGUCACCGGUACCUCUUCUGCCUCCGGCGGAUCCAGCGCCGGCACCUCGCCAUCGGACAGUGGGAGCGCGGCAAGCCCCUCCCAGACGGACAGCGGAGCGAUGGGAUUGCGGGCAUUUGGUGGAUUGAGCCUCACCCUGGGUCUUGGUUCCGUUGCUUUCGUGGCGUUUGCUUGAAUCACCCACGUACUGCAUCGUGUCAUGUUAAUGAUAUAACUUUGAAACGCCUCCACCUCAAGACCUCAGAUACCGUGAUAACGCUAAAGGUACUUGGUCGGACGUGAUAA